CUGUUUUGAAUGGACAGCGUUUUUCUUUGUGUGCCCGAUCAAAACAGAGGGCAAAGUUAGUCAGCAAGUUGCAUAGCUUCUGCAUUCUGAUUCUUCAAGCCUCUUUUGUAUGAAGUUUAGCACAAUGUUUUACAUUGUGUUUGACCUGAAUGGCAUGCUGGAGAAAACAAUGAAAGGAGCGGACAAAGCGAUUGUGGCAAAGUCCUUUGGAAAAUGGAAAAGCAGCUCUCUAAGGUCCAGGACCAUGGAGAAGCCGGAUGAGCCGUCCGAGGAGAGUAAGGAGGAGAGCCUGUCCAACUGCACCUGUGAAGCCCCCCAACUCGGCAAGAAACCAGUUGAUAAUGAAUUAAAUGAUCACUUCCUGAGAGAGAAUAAGCGUGAAAGCGUCAACCAGGGUGAACAGAGUGGAUCUGGCGUCUUGUCCUACAGAGCGCUCGGAAAACUACAAUCAGAGAUGGAUUCUGAAGGCGAGGAGCAAACCUUGAAAACGUGUAACAGUAGCACAGGGCUGGCCGACUGCAACAGCGAGACUCACAGCCCAUAUGGGCCCAUGGCGAGGAAAAGGAGUGCUCAGGAAGGGGUGCAGGGUGCCCCCGUCAACAAGAGAAAGUCCCUGCUGAUGAAGCCCCGCCACUACAGCCCCAGCGAGGCAUGUGAAGAGGAGAGUGAGGACCUGGCACCGCCACAGGACAAAGAAGAGCUGAGGAACAUUGACACUCCAGCAGAUGGAAACUUAAAUGCAGUCAAUGGAGUGGUCAACAGAAAUGGCUGCCAUGACGUGGCAGCAAAAUCCAGCAAUUCCCUUGGAUGGUCUGAAGUCACAUCUAAUGGCUCUCCACAGUGUGAGCCAGACACCUCUGAACCUCUGAAUGAAGAUGAUGAAGAGCUUCUUAAUAACGAAGAAGAAGACCAAAGUCAAGACAGGAUGAGCAGUGCAUCAUCACCACAGAGUCCAUACAGAGACAUGCGGGAGGCUGAGUGGGAGCCUCUGUCUCUGUCUGCUAAGGUGAACAGCUCAAACUGCAGUCCUUCCAGAGCCUCUGAAGACCCAAGCAGGAAUGGCCACGUGAAAGAAGAGCCUCACCUAGAGUUAGGUGGUCCGAUGGGUCGAGCGACUUUUCAGGCUGAAGCUUUAAGAUACAGGCUGUUACCCACUGAGGAGGACAGAGGGGAGGCAGAGGUGGAGAGGCCACCCCGGCUAGACAGCUGGGCUCUGGGCCUCCACGAGAGAGGCCUCGAAAUGAGCCGAGGGAGAGUGAACAUGAGCCUGUUGGAGCAGGCUAUAGCUCUGCAGACAGAGCAAAGACAGGUCCUGCAUCAUGCCUACAGAGAGAUGGACCGCUUCCUCAUGGAGCAGAUGACCAAUGAGAGGAGGCACCAGAGGAUGAUGGACAUGGACAGCAGGUUGAACUACCAUGGAGGAAAAGAUUCUCCACGGACAGAUAAAAAGGAUAAGUGUCCAACUCCUGGCUGUGAUGGCACUGGUCAUGUGACAGGACUGUACCCACAUCACAGGAGUUUGUCUGGGUGUCCACAUAAAGUCCGAGUUCCCCCAGAGAUCCUGGCCAUGCAUGAGAACGUCCUCAAGUGCCCUACACCUGGGUGCACAGAGGGCCAUGUCAACAGCAACCGUAGCACCCACCGGAGUCUCUCCGGCUGCCCCAUUGCUGCUGCAGUGAAAGUCUCCAAACCUCAGGACGAGAGCCUGAAAUGCAGACAAACACCUGAUCGCUCACCGAGAGCCAUCGGCUUAAUAAAGAAGUUUGAGAUGAACCAGUUGAACUACAGGCUCUCUCAUCCAGUAGCAGCUUUGCAAACUAGCCUCACAAAAGACAUGGACAAGUACAGCAGAAUCCGCUUUGAUUACGCCAGCUUUGAUGCACAAGUCUUCGGCAAACAGCCUCUGAUGGGGGCCAACCAGACCAGGAAAUGUCCCAUUUUCUACUGGUGGCCGCUUGGCGCACCUCUGGGUCAGCACAGCCCGCCGAGUCAAUUCAAAAAAAGAAGAUGUCUCCAAGCCGCAGCAGCGACAGCCGCCAUCCUUAACCUCUCCACUCGCUACCGGAAGAACAUGGAGGCUGUCGCCGGGCCGGCCUUGGCAACUCCACAAAGGACAUUGCUCAUAGAGGUGGACGAAAACGGCACCUUGGACUUGAGUAUGAAGAGAGCAAGAAAACAAAAGCCCCGACCAAGGACACCUCCACACGACCCGCUGUCUCUCCUGAAUCCACUUGUGGCCAAAGGCGGGAGCGUUCUCAUCAGCCCCUCCUUCUACCAGCCGCUGUGUGAGAGAGACAGCUGGGAGAGCCCCAUCCCUGUCAACUCAGCAAAGCACACGUUUUACAGGAUCAAAGAGGAGGAUUAUGAUCAGUUCUCCUUGGAGGACCAACACUAUAAGGGGGACGGCAGAUAUGAUGAGCCCCUCAAAGCCAAGCUGCUAUUUACGAGAUUCAAAGAAGAGCUUUUGAGCUGUCCGACCCCAGGCUGUGACGGCAGUGGCCAUGUGACGGGGAAUUAUGCAUCACAUCGGAGUGUGUCUGGAUGUCCCCUGGCUGACAAAACACAAUCACUGAUGGCAGCCAACUCUCAGGAACUAAAGUGCCCAACACCUGGUUGUGAUGGAUCUGGACAUGUGACUGGGAACUAUGCUUCGCACAGAACUUGUCAGGAAUGUCCACGUGCCAGAAAAGGAGGUUUGAAGCUCACACCAAACAAGGAUGACAAAGAUGAGCAAGAGCUUAAGUGUCCAGUAAUUGGAUGUGACGGACAGGGCCAUAUCGGGAAAUACACAUCCCACCGCAGUGCAGGCAGUUGUCCACUUGCUGCCAAAAGACAGAAGGAGUCGUCCAUCAAUGGACUGCCCUUUGCCUGGAAGACCAAUAAACAGGAACUGCCCCAUUGUCCCUUGCCUGGCUGCAAUGGCCUUGGACAUGCCAAUAAUGUGUUUGCCACUCACAGAAGCUUGUCAGGUUGCCCACUGAACGCACAGAGUAUCAAGAAAAAGCACUCCGAAGAAGAGAUGAUGACUAUCAAACUGAAAGCCAGCAGUGGUGUUGAAAACAAAGAAGAUAUUCAACAUUUGGAUCAUGAAAUCAAAGAAUUGAAUGAAUCUAACAUGAAAAUAGAAGCAGACAUGAUGCAACUCCAAACCCAGCAGAUCUCGUCUAUGGAAUGUAACCUGAAGACAAUUGAAGAGGAAAACAAGAUGAUCGAACAGCACAAUGACAGCCUUCUGAAGGAGCUCGCUCGCCUUAGCCAAGCUCUCAUUAACAGUCUUACAGACAUUCAGCUGCCUCAAAUGGUACAGACCCAUCAGUGAGCAUAAUUUGAAGCCUAUGUGAACACAUUAACUGAUAUGUACAACAACUCGGAGCAUGAAUACUCCCCAGAGUGCAAGGCCCUCUUGGAUAAUAUCAAACAGGCUAUUAAGGGCAUCCAUGUUUAAGCUGUAGAGCUACCAAGAGGUUUCUUUGACUUGGGAUAAUGGCACUAGAUAGCUCUAUUUCACUGAAGAGUGCUGGCUUGGCUGCAUGUAUAAGACAAGGCUUUCGGAAAUGUGUUUGGCAUUUCCCGGUAAAUAUACUGCACUGAGAAAAUUACCAGCCAGAUUUGUAAUGCUUUUACUGUUUCUGCAUUCACUUGAUAUGUUUAUUCUGGUGAGACUUUUUUUUUUUUUUUUACCCCUCUUGCACUUAAUUAUUUGUAUGGUUUGCUUGAUUUUAAUCUGUACGUGUUCAUGUCAUUCUUAUAUUAUCGCUAUUUAUUAUUAUAUUUGUUCAUCAGUGUAUUUAUUUCCUUGAUUUUAUUUAUUUCUAGAACUGUAAAUGCUUAAUAUUUGAGAAAUCUGUUUGACUUUCUGCACAUUGUAAAUUACAUAGAAGCACAUUCCAAUUUCAUGGCAUACUUUCGCCAUCUAGUGUUGAAAAACCUAUAUUAUUAUUACUAUUAUGAUUAUUAUUAUGAUUAUUAUUAUUAUUAUUAGACCAUAAGUUGAAUUUCCCUUCAAAGUGAAAACCUACCAAAACUACUAAGCAUUAAUAUUUUUAAGCAUUGCUUUGCUUUCUUUAUUGGAAACUGAAUGUAUGGUAAGACAAAGUGAACAUUGAGAUUUAAAAAAUGCAAUGCAAAUGUACUGUACCUUUUUCUACUCAACCAAUAACAGCUGGAUGCAACCAGGAGGUGACACUGAGCAAAAAUGCAACAUCAUUUGGUGAACUGAAUGUCCGAUUCUGCUUUGCAUAGCGUGCCACAAGAAGAGUGCAACAAAAAUCAAAAAUUCACUUGUCAAGAUGUCUUUCUUUUUUUAAAUAUAGAUAUUAAACUGCCUUCUGUGCACACACUUUGGAGUGUGCAUAUAGUAUGUGCCUAAAUGUAUAUGAAUCCAUAAAAUAUACAAGUACUAUGUUUUGUGGUAGGACAGUAUUAUGUGGAUGGUGUCUAAUUUAUUAUACAGUACAAUUAUUUUCAUAGGAGGAAACGUUCCUGAUGACUGUUUAAAUACCGUUGUCUCAGUAGCUGUAAUCUCAGAGUCAGGUUUUGAAAUAUCACGACUGAGAUUGAAAGUCUGGUGUUUAUUUUAAUUUUGCUGGCAUGAAGAGGAGACAAAAAGGAAGGAGUGAAUUGAAAAAAAAACAUCUACUCCUAUCUUAUCUAAAACUGCUUACAGGCCUUAAUAUUCAACCAGUCUUACAGUUUGAAUAUUCUUGGGCAGAUUCGAAUAGUAGCUAUUUCAAAACCGAGCUGACUACCAUUACAACUCGCAUUUCAGUUUCAAUCAUUAAAUGCAAAAGGACAAAAAAAGAAAAAAGAAAAAAAAAGAAAUGAAAACAUAGACAAAUGAUAGUUGUUGGCUAAUCAGUUGUUUGUUUGCAUCAAUUGCACUUUUGUAUUUUUAAUUCUUUCGUGUUUUUAGUUCGCCAUACUGCCCUCGACUUCAACAAAAAGAGGAAAAUGGGACGCUGUGGUCGUGUCACGGUACUAUACAUUUGAAUCUCUCGAUCUUACAUGAGGUUAAUCCCCAGAGUUAAAUGAGUAAUUCAUUUGAGCAAUACAUUUUUCAUUUCUGCAAAAAGACGUCAAAAACAUGUAGCCUAGGACAUUUUGAAGGAAAUAAAAUGUUACAGGCAAACGAGCCAAAUUACAUGAAAAACAAAACCCUAUUUAUCCAAAUACUCAAUAUGUUUUAAAGAAUUUUAAUCUUUUAAAAACCGAAUCACACUCUUUAAACCUAGCAAUCCUUUAUUUAUAAUUUCUUAUAUUUAAUUCCUAUACCACACAUUGUUUGCUCAGGAAGUUUUGUGAAUAAUAUUUAUUUUUUCCCUGUUAGUAUUUGAUGUUUUGUAAUGUGAAAUGCUUUUUUGUGGAACGAUAUUAGUAUGAUAUGAAAUUGUACUGUAUUUUCUUUUCUUUUACAUUAAAAUGUAAUGCUUUUUUUCAGUUGAGGUAGUUUGUAAAUUGAAACUUCCUAUUACUUUUACUAUUUCAUAAUAAACAGAUAUGCGCUGUGUUGUACAGUUUGUGUAUGGUAGAAAUAAAACUUUUCAAAUGGU